AUGUCCGAGCCUCACAAGGCCGUUCAAGAAGAGGAGCUAGAAGCACUCCACGCAAUCUUCGAGGACGACUGGCACGACAUUAUCCCCAAAAGAACAGCAUGGGGAACUGAUGGGGAGCUCGGGUGGUGGGAGGUGCAGCUGCGCUCCACCGAUGACCCGCGCGUGAGCGUAAAGCUCAAGGGGCGAAUGACCAAAACAUAUCCAACAACACCACCAUUACUUUCUCUUAUUGAACCGAUCAAGCUCACUGCAGCUCAUGUCCGCACGCUCACGAAGCUCGUGCAAGAUAAGGCCAAGGCGUCCGUCGGUGCGCCGAUGAUCUUUGACCUUGCCGACAUGGUCCGCGAGUGGAUCACAGUCAACCACAUUCCACUACCCAAGCCAGGCGAGAAGGAGCCCACUCUCAUGGAGGAGAUGGCUCAACGAGAGGAGGAGAAGCGAGCCCGCCGCAUGGCGUCAGUAGAGAGUGCUCGACUGCUCAACGAGAAGAUCAUGCUCGACGCCACGCGCAAGCAAGAGAAGGCGCGGCGAGCUCAAGCAGAUGAAGAAGAGCGACAGCGACUGGAGAAGAUUUCCGGGCUGGCCGACGGCGAGCUCGAGAUGCGCGAACUGGUCCUCGAUGAGCCUAUUGGCGUCGACGGCCACCUGGGCGUUUGGUCCAAAUGGACGCUGUUUGCAGGUCAUCGCCAGACGCUGUGGACAAGCUACACCGCCGAACCUGCUGGUGGAAACAGCUUUGUCAAGGCCAGCGUGCCGACCGUCACUGUGCAAGUCAUCGACUUUUCCCGUCACCACUAUCUUGGCGCGCAGGGCAAGAAGCGUAUCGAUGGGCUGGUCAGCGAAGUCAGCCGCCUCAAGGAGGUCCACUCCCCGCAUGUCGCCAAGGUGUACGCGGUCCAGAGGACAAAGAGCCCCAAGGGAUGGGAGCGUGUGAUCAUCGUCGUCGAGCGCGUCGCUGAUGGAGGCAUGCUCCGUACUUGGUUGCCCAACCAUGGAUUUGGCGAGGAGACGGCAAAGGAUUACAUUACCCAGCUCCUGUCCGGACUUGUGGACCUUCACAGGCAGCACGUGAACCAGAAGCAACUGGACUCUGACCUCGUCCUGCUUUCCCCGGGUACCAAUGGCGACAUGUCCCUCAAACUUUGCGGUACUGGCUACGCGCGGCGCAUCAUCGAGUAUCACCGCUCGAACCCGUUCCUUCGCACCCAGGAGGAUGGGCUGUCCCCCGACGAGAUGGAGUCGCCUUACUCGUACUCUCCGAAACGCGACCAGUGGCAUGCUGGUCUGAUCUUUGUGCAACUGCUCUUCGGCAGGAACAGCAUCAGGACGUACCCGGAUCUCAAUACGCUGCUGCAGCAUGUCAUGGAAGUCCUCACGGGAUUACUCAACCCCAACCACAAGAAGCGCUUGACAGCUGAAGAGGCUCUGUCAAAGCUUCGAGCUCCAGAAGAUGAAAUCACACGCCGCCCAACAAGAAUCACUCCUGGACACGUCUCGUCGAAUCCGGGUUCGCAGCCCAUGUCAACCAGUUCCAGCAUGCACGCGGACAUGUUUGGCAAGUCGCCCGUCUUUGGCCGUGGCUCGUACUUCCCCACCAACAUUGGCGGCCAGGUAUAUUCGCGUUACCGCUCCGACUUUGAAGAAGUGGAAUUCUUGGGUAAAGGAGGCUUUGGUGAGGUUGUCAAGGCGCGCAACAAGCUCGACUCGCGUCCAUACGCCAUCAAGAAGAUCAAGCUUCGUCCCGAGGACAAUGUCAACCGCGUGUUGCGCGAGGUCAAUUCGCUCUCGCGCGUCAGCCACCAGUACAUCGUGCGCUACUACUCGUGCUGGCUGGAAGAAGUCGGACCUCCCGAGCCCAUCAGUGCCGGGGAUGAGACCAUGACAGCAUCGACAAUCUCGUCCGAGUCCGAGGACAUAUUUGCCGUCAAUUUUGACGACUUGUCCGUGUCUCGUCGCGAUCACAGCCGCAGCGCGUCGUUCCCCCGUAUCCGCUUCGCAGGCAGCGACGACGAUGAUGAAGACGAAGAUGACAGCGACGCUUCCGACUCGGACAGCGACACUACGACUACUACCAGCAGCACCAACACUGCCGACCCAUCAGACAGGCGGUCGCGGUCUCGCGCUGUCGCCAUUCCUUCCAAGUCCAGGCCCUCGACCGACUACACGGGCACCACCACCGAUGACGGCUCUGUGCAACGUAUCCUGUACAUCCAGAUGGAGUUUGUCGAGAAGCAAACGCUUCGUGAAGCCAUCACUGCAGGGUUGUCGGAAGAAGAGGGUUGGCGCCUGUUGGUGCAGAUCCUCCAGGCUCUGGCACACAUGUCGUCGCUGGGCAUUGUGCAUCGAGAUCUCAAGCCGUCCAACAUCCUUCUCGAUGCCAACGGCAAUGUCAAGAUUGCAGACUUUGGUCUCUCGACAACCGACUUGACUGCCCUCGAACCUGCCAGUGGUGCUCUGCACAUGUCAGCCGACUUUUCCGAUCAGACGUCCAACAUCGGUACCAGUCUCUACAUUGCGCCAGAAGUCAUCGUCUCCAAGUCUUACAACGAAAAGGCCGACAUGUACUCACUGGGAGUCAUCUUCUUUGAAAUGUGCUUUGCAUUCAAGACGGGAAUGGAACGUGUUGCAACACUCACUGCGCUUCGACAGCCGAGCAUGACCUUCCCUGCCACGUGGACAGCGGGCUACAUGGUCAAGCAGCGCGAGAUUGUCAGCAUGCUCCUGCGGCAUGACCCGACCACACGUCCACAGGCGACGCAACUGCUCAAUGGUCCGCUCGUGCCGUCCCCUGACAAGGAACGCAAGAUGUACGAUGGGUUGAUAACAGAAAUCACCAACCCUCGUUCGGACAAGUACCCAGCCCUCGUCGAUGCCCUGUUCGAGGCGCAUACAAACGCGCUCAACCUCGAUACACGUAUAGACGACUACACGUACGACAAUGACUACGAUGACAACCACCACAUCUGGCUCACUGUCGCUCUCCAGCGUAUCACAGAGCUGUUCCAGCGCCACGGUGCUGUGGACGACUACCUGCCCCUGCUCGUCCCAGAGACCACCCUGCUCAAUGCGUUCCCCGACCUGCAGCCUGUCCGUCUCCUCGACUGCAACGGCAAGUUUGUCGAACUGCCUGCUUCUAACCUCCUGGGAAUGGCGCGUUCCGCCAGCAGACGUGAAAUUGAGCGUAUCAAGCGUUACAAUGUCGGCAGACGGUACUCCGAGUUGGCGGCUGGCGGCCAGCCAGCAGCCCACUGUGAGCUCUGUUUCGAUAUUGUUUCGCCCAUCCGGUCGCAAGCGGCCGAGGCUGAGCUCCUCGACGUCAUGGACAAGGUCAUCUGCGAGUGUCAAGGCAGCCGUGGGCUGAGCACGCAUGACUACGAGUUCCACGUCUCGCACGAGAGCGUCCUGGCCAUGCUCCUGUCGACCGUUCCGAUCCAGCUUCGAGCUCGUGUCCUCAAGACAUUCAAGGGCCCUGCAGCCGGUGUCUCGUUUGAGUCUCGCACGUCACUGCACAGCAUCGCUGGCUUGCCCAAGAACGUCCUUCACGACCUCGAGCAAUGUUCGACGCCGGGCGACUUCCACCACGUUCGCGCCAAACUCGAAGAGAUCUUCCCUUCGUCUCGGCGCAAGCUCCUGACAGCCAUGGACGAGAUUGCCGCCGUCAUUACGUUUGCCCGUUCCAGCGGCGUGACUCGCAAGAUUGUCUUCCGCCCCACACUCAGCAGGAACGCCGAGUUCUUCCGCGGCGGCUUCAUGUUUGAGUGUGUGCGUCGAGGCAAGCACAAUGAGGUUCUCGCCUUUGGAGGUCGCUACGACAGUCUUUUGGAACACUUCAAGGAACCGGCGCGGCAGUCGCGCAAGGUCUCGGGCGUGGGCAUGUCCCUCAACGGCGACCAGCUCACGCGCAUCAUGGCCAAGCACGAGAGCACGCUCUCGAACCGCCUGAUGAACAAGGCGCGCGAGGAGGAGCGUUCGUUUGGUUUCCUCGCUCCGUCCCGUUGCGACGUGUACGUCGGCACGUUCCCGCAAGUCGACAUUUCCACCCGUCUCCAAGUUGUCGGCGAGCUGUGGCGAGCGGGUAUCCGAGCCGACCUGCAGUACGACGACUCGCGGUCCGAAACCGAGCUGCUGCAAGAAUGCAAGGAGCAGAACAUUCUGUACCUCAUCAUGAUUCGCGCGCACCGUACGGGUCGUGACCGCACCGACCAGCGGCCCGACGUAAAGGUCGUGCGGACGCUCACAGGCAAGGCCGUGGAAGUGGAACGCAAGAACCUCAUCGAGGAACUGCAACAGGUCAUUGCGGACCAGCGGCGUAUCGACGCGUCGCACGCGUCUGGCGCCAUCGCCGCGGGCGCGCCAGUCAAGCUCGAGGACAUUGACACGGCCGCGACCAAGCCCACCGUCAGUGCCCAGCUCAUCCUCCCUCCCGAACCGCUGAGCAGUCGGCAAAAGGGCAAACCCGUCCGCAAACACCGGCACGCCUCCAAGACGGUGUACUAUGACAAGUGCCAGGCGUUUGCGUCCACGGUCCAAAGCACGCUGCCCGUGCUCGGUGUCGACCUCGCGCCCGAGCUCCUGCACAAGCUUAGCUUUGACCUGGCGUGGGUGACCGACGACGACGUGUGUCGCUCCUUUUGGCACGACCUGCCCACCCACGAACGCUCGUAUGCCGACCUGGUGCGCAAGGCGGUGGCAGAGCACCAAAAGACCCAAGGGUCCAACCUGUGGCUCUUCAACGUCCGCGACGCGAGGGGCUUCCUUCUCCAGUUCACGCCUGUGACAGAGUACUAG